GGACCAAUCAGAGCGCUCCGCCACUGACGGACCUCCAUGAGGCCAGGCGCAGUUAGUUAGGCACCGAAACCAGAGGAACCAGCGUCAGUCAGUCAGUCCGCUCCAUCUUGAGGAAGUUAAAUUGACACUUUUGGCGUGUUUUCCUGGGAUAGCUGUUCUGAAAUUAAGGGGUUUGGCUCUAAAAUUUGUCCAAUGUUUUGAGAAAAGCUGAGAACGUCUCGGUUUUUUCCUUUCUUGUCUACCUCUGUGAUGGAUUAUCUUUACGCCUGAUGGGGAGGAAAGAAAACUGAGAUCGGAAGUGCUUUUGAAAAAAAAAAGAAAAAAAAGAGAGAAAAAAAAACUAAAACAGGUGGCACAUCUAGCAGCAGCGGUUCAAUCUGUCCUCAUCAUCUUCUGCCACGAUAACAGGCUGCCAUCAGAGGAGCGCGGAGAUGUACAGUGCGCAGGCUCUCCACAGCAUCAAACCCCAGAGCAGCGCACAGGUCUGAUUGUCGACUGGUUAACCUGGAGAGUGUUCUGGAAAUCAAGCUCUUAAGACGCAACGAGAAGAGAAACUUCCGCCCCCUCCCCUUUUCAGAGAACCGUAUUGGAACAAUAGUCAGUGGACGAACCGCUGCUCUGUGGGUCUCUUUUUAUUCCACAACCGAACACUCCCAAGAAGGUUAGAGGAGCAUGUAAGCGAAACAAGUGGAGGCCUCGGUGAUUUCAGCAUUCUGUCUCCCCCAUCUGUGCCUACAUUCUCUGCUACGGAUAGGGACGUUUUGAUAAUUACAUAUAAUUAUAAUUUCUGUGGGAGACAGAUCUGCCUCUGUCUAUUAUUGCCAACACCUUCAGUACAAUAACUUCACACAUUUACAUAUCUCUCAACAAAAGUGAUAUUCUUUAUACCCCCCGGAGAUAAAUCAGGAAUAAUUUUGCUCCGACUGACAUGUCACAUGCAAAAGCAAUGUGCCAUUCAUCUCAUAUCUAAUUAGGGAUACAGCUGAGUGACAAGGGUGAUUUUUUUCUUCUUUUUUUUACAUUUUUUCUGCCACAAAAAUCUGACUGAAAACCAUGGCAUUUAGCGCUUGUUGCUGCAUGUUUUACAGACCGGGAGUCAUUCUUCUGCUUCAUGCAUGCUCAUAAUUUUUUCCGCCUUCUAGCACAUAAGCAGAGCCUUCCUCAUUAUCACCCACAGUUUGGUCACAGUAACGGCCUGUGCCAGGCGAGUGCUGACCAAACUGAUCCCGAUGGAGUCCUCUGAAAUGAAUUUCCAAUAACGGACAAUGCUGAUCCCCGUCGCAGGCACUAACUUUUACUUGAUUGUUUGAAGGGUGAAAAAAAAAAAUCCCCUAAAUUUGCAUUUCUUCUAAUUAUAAUAAUAGCUGCCUGCAAAAAAAAUUACGUGCUGAAUGUAGAACGUACCAAAUUGAUGUAGUUACCAGAAGAUGAGAAGAACUAAAAAAAACCAGUCUGUAAACCAUUUCUCAAGUGCCGGAGUCAGCAGACGAAUGUACAGGAAUGUCUUAUUUUACUGAAUAAGUUUGCUACUCAAAUUCAAAGGCUUUUUUGGCCAGAAACGGAAAUUGAAUCCAACAGGGUAUUUUUUAUAUGAGAACAAAGCUGUUAGGCUUUUGGGGCUCCUUUAUGAAAUUAAAUUAAAACAAUUUUAUCACCAAGAUAAUUAAGCACUGACACAAACACACACACAGAAACACACACACACGUAAAUUGACUGAAUCUAGCUUUCUUGAGCGAUGCUGCCAUUUGGCUUUCCUGAAUGAAACCCAUAAUACAUCUCUGAUAUCCAGUAGGCUGUACAUUAAAUUCUUCACAUGGCAUUUUAGUGGGUUAAACUGGAAAAGCGGAUAAGGCUUUGUAGCUGCAUUGACUCAACAACAGAAAAUAGGUGUCUUAGUCAUGUAAAAAUGACGCCCACCACCUAUCUGCGAGUCCUCGCCGUCUCCCUGCUCUCCCUCUUCGCUGCCCCACUUACCAGUGCAGUGGAGCCCUCUUCGUACCCCCCUCCUCAGCACGUAGACCGCUCAGGGAGGCCGUUCACCGAGCAGCCAGACGCCGAUUCCAGCUCCUCUCUCCUGCUCCUUGCCAUACAGGCCAAUGCCAGGCCGGCCGCUCUCCGAAGCAGACCCAAAGCCCAUGGGGAGCUUCAAGACACAUCAGAGGGAGUUCUGGAGCCACUUCCGAAACCCCUCGCCCAGGUGACGUUCCCCAAGAAUGCAACCUCUUCAGAGGGGUUAGGAGAGCAUUUUGGGGCGGCACACAUCCCACCUCGCAUUAUGGAUGGGUGGACGGAUGUAUGUUUGGGUUACUACGACGUGAUGGGACACUUUGACAAUGCUUUCAACUGCUCCAAGGACUCCUUCAUCUUCUGCUGCGGAACGUGCCACUACCGCUUCUGCUGCCCAGAUCGAAGCCGCAGGCUGGAGCAGGACAUCUGCAAAAACUACAACUCUCCGGACUGGGCCAAGCCGCAGACCGAGGCCAUGAUGACACCGGACGAGCUCAAUCCCGACAUAGACUUUGAUCCACUGAAGCAGCAGAGCCACAACACGGGAUUCGUCAUCGGCGGCGUUGUGGUGUUCAUGGUGGCCGUCGCUGUGGGCAUCAAGGUGGUUUUCAACAAGGUCCAACAGGAGGCCAACCAAAGGGACCUGAACAUGCCCAGAGCCCUGGUUGACAUGUUGCGGCACCAGUCGAGCCCGGUCCAGCAGGAUGAAAGAAACAACAGCGUGGCUCUGACCGUAGCCGAUGGACAGGGGACACUGGGAAGAGCUCCGAAAAAUCUAUACGCCCCGGGAGUGCCCGGCAAGGACAACAGAUUGGGCAACCUGCAGCACAAUUUCAUCCACUCAUCAGGCUCCAGCCCCAAACACACGGCAACCAUCGAGCGCACCCCUCGGAUGAACAAUGCUCAGCUGGCAGCUGGAGGCACCCUGCUUUCCAGUAAACACAACAACACCAAGUCCCAGCCCUCCUUCCACCACUCCCUGCACAACCUGGCCCAGCUGCCGCCCUCCUACGAGAGCGCCACCAAGCCCGAGCUCAACAGAUACUCCUCGCUCAAACGCCUCGAGAAAGGACUCGAUGAAUACUCGUCUGGUUACUGCACCACCAAGCGCCGACCCCACACAGCUCAGCCGGCCCUCCAGUCCUCCCAGCACCACCUCCACUGGGGUGGAGACUACACCCUCGGUGGGAGAGGAACCCUUCCCAGGCACGCAGCCCGUCCCUGGAUCCCGCCGCCCCCCUCUGGCAUGCCUGCCUCUCCCACUCCCAACCCUUACCCUCUGGAUCCUCCUGAGCCCCAGUACAACCCCAACUACGACACUCUCUCCAAGCCGAGGAAAGUGAAGUCCACUGACCAGCUGCUCAACAUGGGUGACGUACCAGGCAACACCGGGACCCUGUCUCGGCUGGCUAAGAACCAGCAACACCAGUACCACAAAGCCAUGGCUGCCUCCAACAAGAAUGCCAACAUGCAAACCCUGACCAGGAAGACGCAGGAAAGGCAGGAGAGGCAGGAGAGGCAGGAGAGGCAGGAGAGACAGGAGAGGAUGCUCAUGUCUCCGGACCACUUGGAGGACAGGAUGGGGGUCGGCGGGAUGGGAGUGGUGGAUCCCUACGCCCACACGGGAACAGGCAUCGUCCCCACACUGCCACGCCAGCAGAAGGCCCAGUCCCAGCAGAACGUGUGCGCUACGCCUUCCCUUGACCGGCACCACAUGAUCAAGAUGAACUCUCACCCCACGUCUGGACGGGAGCAGGAGAGGAGCACGGGCAUGACGGGCCACGGGAGCAGCGGGGGCGUGGGCUGGUCGGGUGAGAUGCCCGGAGCCGGGGUAGUCAUGGGAACGGGAACGCUGGGGGGCCACAGCGCCAGGAGGAUGGCUUUUGCGGCAAAACGGCAGAACACCAUUGAGCAGCUACACUUCAUACCAGGAGGGGGCGGCGGGGGGUCUGCAGGGAGCUCAGGAGGCAGUCAGGGAAUCAGGACGGGGAGUAAGAACGAAGUGACGGUGUAAGGUCUUUGCCUAGAGUAGAGAAAAGCCCUUAUAGACGUAGGGGACUAGAUCACCCUUCUGCAUUUAACUAUUAGAUACGACGACAACAAAUGAAACUAGAAGUAUACAGUAGUAACAGUAACACGUGUUUAGGCUAUUCAAAUUAGUAUUCUCUUGUAAUCAAAUUAGCUUGAAUAUGACUUACUUAUAAAGCUAAAAGUCUAGGUGGGGACACCUUUGUGAUAGCCUACAUCAGCCAUAUUUUGUAACCGAUUUUUUGCCAUAUCGCCAUAUACAGCAGUGCCGUUACUUGUAGAAGGACUUACCGGAGUGGUGAAACAAAACCAAUAGAGGAGUGGUUCAUGAUUUGGUAUAUAUAUCUAUAUCUAUAUAUAGAUGUAGAUAUAUGUAUUUGUUUUAAGGACAUACUCAGGAGCCAUAUUAGAUUUAGAGGACGGGACAUUAAGAAGCGUGGUUUAAUGAAGCAGAGGACUUCGGAGGACAGGACCUGGACUGAUGUCGAUGUGUGUGAGGCUGAGGAAACCAGAUCAGUCUCAAAGACCAUUGUGCCUGCAUGGUGAACGAUUUUGGAUAUUUUACAUUCUGCAGAACAAAACCUCAUCCUAACACAAGGAGGCUGAACUGUGCUUCUUGCUUCCUAACUGGGUGGACGAGGCUGUUUUCCAGCAGGACUCCUCGCCUAAUCUCAAACCGAGGACGGACCCAAAAAAAAAAACCAACAAUCCAACACCUGGGUUGCCUAAUUCUUUUCCACGUGACCUUAGAUUUCACAUCAUCAGAGGAACGCGCUCUCUGACCACUGCUACGCUACAAAGGAAACUGAUAUUCCAGGUGAUAUAAAGUAAUUAAGGUUCCCCCCGGGGUUUCCAUUUACAGAUCAGGCCCUACCAAAUAAUAACGAGCCAUCUGUUGUAAUAUUACCCCAAAAUCAAGGUUACACUAAAGCCUUUAUUCUGUUUACCUCCAGAGAGGCAACUCGCUGUGUAAUAUGUUUGCAUACAAAAAGCACAAAGAGGUUGCACUUACACAGCUGUCUUUCAAAGCCAUCUUUUUGGAGAUACAAAGGAAAUAUUCACCUUAGAAGCUGGUAUGACAAUCACAACUUAGUUAUUACCACAAAUGAUACAAGCCAGUGAUGUUUUGUACAGUCAAAGGAUUGGCUUUGGAGCAAGCCGAUGAGAAAAAAAAAAAAACACACCUUGGAGUGAGGGUGAGAGACUCGGGACGGUUAGGAAGCCCUUCACAUCUUCAAGACAAAGAACUUGCUGUAUCAUAAUGCACUUCAGCCAGUAUAAGUUAGAAAAAAAAAACACAUAAAAAAGGUAGAAAAAAAAAUAUUCAUCAAUAACAACGCUUAUCAAUACUAAGGGCUAUCCUAUCCUAUAUACUGUAGUAUGUGAUAUCUGUGGUCCAUAUAAAAUGCUCUCUCUUUCUAUCGAUUUUGUGUUGAUAUUGUCAUGACGUAUCAAGUAUUAAUGUGUAGGAACAAAAACAACAGCGACAACAAAAAAAAAAAAGAACAAGAGCAAUUUAAGCACAGUUCCAGGAGAAACACAGAGACAAAACUUUUGCACAAACCAGUCCCCUGAUAUUUGCACCAGACGCGACACGAGAACGCUCCGUGUCGCGUCCUCCAGGUUUACAUUCUGCACGAGCUCGGCCGAGAGCGCGACUGAUCCAGGGAGGGGGAUCCCGCAUCGAGAGAGAGAGAGGAUUUAUUUUUGUUCCUUAUUUUUUAUUUUUUCUAUCAAGCGAAAUCAGAGCUACUUACGUGGGCGAAGGAGGGAACGUUUCGGCUAGAGGAUCAAAAGAGGCAAAACGCUGAAGAACAGGAACACACGACUCCAUUUGGACAAUCUUCCUAUACACAGUGCUAAAUGUAGUUGUUAUAAAUUUGAUGGAGUGUUAUUAUUAAUGAUUAUUAUAACUGUUAUGGUUAUUAUUAACAAUUAUCUUAUGAUAUGUGAUGUUCUUUUACUUGGUGAGAUUUUAAGUGUUUAUUGUUUUGAAAUGACUUUACAUUUUCAUGACUAGUUGUUUUAUUUUUUAUUUUUUAUUUUUUUUUUUACGUUUUUUCUGGUCAUUAAGAUUUUGAGAAGACUCCAAACCUCGAUGCAUGCCAGCUCCAUUUCACUGAGAGGCAUUGACAAAAGCAUGCCUGGCAUUUCUAAAGGGUCGUCAAUGCUUCGAAUGGCCAACCCUCCAGCUGUAUGUACCGUGCCUAGACAUCAGCCUUACGACUUCUUUGUCUCAAGUGAUUACUAAGGUUUCCACUCGGGUACAAAAAAAAAACAACAAAAAAACACAAACAACAACAAAAAAAAAACAAAAAUGAAAAAAAUACAUGUGUCAGACAAUUCUGCAGCCUUCUAGCUAGACGUGCAUUGAGGGAGUUUGGAACAAGGCUCUUCUGCGGCAGCCUGGCCGGCUAACUUAACGCGGGCUGCGCGCACAAAACCCUACGAUGCCAUGAUGCAUGCAUGUUCAGAUGAAUGUUUAUUACAGAGGGCGGGAGCUUAGAGGUGUAAACGGAAACCCGAAAGCUUUGAAGUGCAGUGUCUUUUUUCAGGGAUAUAGGACAGACAACCUACAAGUUGUAUUUGAUUUUCUUUUCUAAAUAGAGCCACAAAAAGGUCUGUAGCAAAGUCUGUAAUAACUCACAAGCCAUAUCCAUUAAAAAAAAAUCAUCACGAUUUUAUAAAUGGUUAAUCUAACUUGUGCAAGUAUUGUAUUUUGUAUAGCUAGUACAAUCAGAAUAUUUUGAGUGAUCUCUUCAACAUUAAUUUGAGGAUACAAAAAAAAAAAAACAACCUUACGUGUUAGUAUUUAAUGAACUGUACAGUGCCAGACUCAUAACAUUUUGUUGUCUUUUUAUUCUCAUAGCAUCCUUGUUGGCUAUAGGGGUUAUUUCUUUUCAUCACAAAGGAGAACUAAUAAGCAACUAAUAAGGUACGAGGAAAAGACAGUUUUAUUUGGAGGGAAAUGAAUGAAUAUGGUGUGCAUUUUUACCAUGAUGAAUUCAUUUAGAAGGGACGAUGUAUAAAGGCCACUUGAGAUGGAUAGGGACAGUGUCCAGUAAAGAGGAUUUAUGGAUUUAUUUUCAUGCUGAUAGAUUUAAAUACAAAACUCUUUUUUUGUUAUUGUUGAAUGCAUUGAUUCCCUUGGAUACGACAGUGACAAAGAAUUUGUAUAAUAAAGUUGGUGGGAAAAAUG